CGGCGCAAAGAUAUUGAGCUGGAAAUGAAGCUUGCUGUCAAAGGCGAAAACUUCAAAAGAGCGGCACAACUGAAGGAGGAGCUCGAGGCGUUAAACCGUAAGGACCCGGUUAUGAUUGCAAAGGCGGCUUUGGAGCGGGCUAUCAAGGAGGAGCGCUAUGAGGAGGCGGCCCGCAUCCAGGCCCAGAUCCGGCAGCUGGAGGCGGAGCUGGGUCCCGCGGCCCUGGAGGCGGGGCUGCUCAGCACCCGCAGCAGCGCAGUCACGCAGGGCAUACGGGUGCAGGUGCAAAGCUUCUUCCUGCCUACCAAGUCCGCCCCCUCCGCCGGCCGCUACAUGUUCGCCUACCACGUCACCAUCUCCAACGACUCGCAGGACACCAUCGUACAGCUCCGGAACCGCCACUGGGUUAUCAUGGACGGCACGGGCAAGGUGGAGGAGGUCAGGGGUCCGGGAGUGGUGGGCGAGCAGCCCAUCAUCCUGCCAGGAAAGAGCCACGAGUAUACCAGCGGAUGCGCGCUGACCACACCACAGGGAUGCAUGGAGGGCGACUACACGAUGGUGGUGCUCAGUGCAGAAGAUGGGCACUGGGCGGAGACGAUCGAGGUCAAGAUAGGGAAGUUCAUGCUGGAUGCCAAGGGUCCUCAAGCUAUGUAAGCUUGCAUGUCAAAGUACUGCAACUGCCAUAUGAACGGACGACUGGGUCCACGGCGCACUUCACUUCAGCCUUCUUGGCGAACACUUGCCAAUUUUCCCUCGCAUUUACACACGGCGCACCUGGCUCCGCAAUCACUUUCUUCGAAGGCACGGAGUAAACGGACGUUGUGAGAACACACUCCUUUGCAAACGAUCAAAUUAUAUCCUUAUUGACGUAGCUACAUCUUACAUCAGUUACAUUCCCAAGGCUACUUACAUUCAUGGCUGAAGGGGGCAAUGUGGGCAUUCUAGAGGAGCCCCUGCGAGUAGCCUCAACACCAACUCCUGCUGUUCCUGGGAGAGCUGGAAAAGUGAAUUAUGGUCUACACGACGCAGUUGUUCGUCUACCAGUCCUUGACAAGGUAAAAGAAGCUAAGAAGGCAACCAUUGAAAGCAAGCCGGACAUAUUAGGAGUACGAGGCCCAGUAUGGAACGGGAGCGUGGAGCUUCAACCAGGGAAACACCACCAAAACUUCUCAGGAACCCUUUUAUCCAACACCCUCACGCCUAACUUGUUAAACAGCAAGGAUGUUCGAAAGCUCACCGGCACGACAGCCUGUCGCGCGGACAAGGAAGCGGCUCUCCUUGACCGCUCCAAGAGCCCCAGCCAGCUGCCGGGAGGGUGGAACACUAGCACCGUGACUCCGGGGCCGCGGGAGGCCCAGCGGAUGCUGGCCGCUGGCACCGCCGCCGCCCAGACCGCCACUCGGCGCUGCAGCCCGCCUCCGGGGUACGUGGACCCCUACUCGCGACAGGUCGCCUUCUCAACGGCUGUGCGGGCGGCAAAGGCCGACAGCGGGGCGGACAUGCAGGAGCUCACUGCGCGUUACGGUCCCGAGGGAGCGCAGGCCAUGGCCGCCAUCCUAGCCGCGCAAGCAGCCGCCGGGUGCUGCUCCUCCUCGCCCUGCUCGCGACAGGGCCGCUCCGGCAGCCGCCCCGCGCCGCGAGCCACCCGGGCGGACCUGGAGGCGGUGCGGGCGCUGGAGGAGUGGGAGGCGGGGCGGGGGGUGGAGGAGUCGGAAGAGGAGGAGGCGGAGC